CAUGGAGGGGAGGGCAUGCUGUUCUGCCCGGAUAAUGAACAUUGGCCUGAUUAAGUACAGCAGCUUGCCCCGGUUAAGAACAGGGCAGAAAAAACAUAAUCAGGGCAACAUAAUCAGGACAGGCCAGCUUAUUACUCAAAAAAUAUUAUUUGGCACUUUUAAAAGGAACAUAAUCAGGGCAGGCCAGUUUAUAUACGACAGUGUAAUAUUAUUUCUCACUUAUUAUAGAACGAACAUAAUCGGGGCAGGCCGACUUAUGUAUGACAGUCAAUUAUUAUUCGACUCUUAUAGAACGAACGUAAUCGGGGCCGACCGGCUUAUGUAUGACAGUGAAAUAUUAUUCGAGACUUAUAGAACAAACGUAAUCAGGGCAGGCCAGUUUAUAUACGACAGUGUAAUAUUAUUUCUCACUUAUUAUAGAACGAACAUAAUCGGGGCAGGCCGACUUAUGUAUGACAGUCAAAUAUUAUUCGACACUUAUAGAACGAACGUAAUCGAGGCCGACCGGCUUAUGUAUGACAGUGAAAUAUUAUUCGAGACUUAUAGAACGAACGUAAUCAGGGCAGGCCAGUUUAUAUACGACAGUGUAAUAUUAUUUCUCACUUAUUAUAGAACGAACAUAAUCGGGGCAGGCCGACUUAUGUAUGACAGUCAAAUAUUAUUCGACACUUAUAGAACGAACGUAAUCGGGGCCGACCGGCUUAUGUAUGACAUUUUUCUAUUAUUUCUCACUUAUUAUAGAACGAACAUAAUCGGGGCAGGCCGACUUAUGUAUGACAGUCAAAUAUUAUUCGACACUUAUAGAACGAACGUAAUCGGGGCCGACCGGCUUAUGUAUGACAGUGAAAUAUUAUUCGAGACUUAUAGAACGAACGUAAUCAGGGCAGGCCAGUUUAUAUACGACAGUGUAAUAUUAUUUCUCACUUAUUAUAGAACGAACAUAAUCGGGGCAGGCCGACUUAUGUAUGACAGUCAAAUAUUAUUCGACACUUAUAGAACGAACGUAAUCGGGGCCGACCGGCUUAUGUAUGACAUUUUUCUAUUAUUUCUCACUUAUUAUAGAACGAACAUAAUCGGGGCAGGCCGACUUAUGUAUGACAGUCAAAUAUUAUUCGACACUUAUAGAACGAACGUAAUCGGGGCCGACCGGCUUAUGUAUGACAGUGAAAUAUUAUUCGAGACUUAUAGAACGAACGUAAUCAGGGCAGGCCAGUUUAUAUACGACAGUGAAAUAUUAUUCGAGACUUAUAGAACGAACGUAAUCGGGGCCGACCGGCUUUUAUAUCAUUCGUGACAAGCAAAUAGGAAAGUAUCGCAAAUGAAACGAAAUUCGCAAUUUACGUGGAGCCUUUUUUUCUUUCGCCAGACAGGAUGUCUAGUUUCUUACAAAUUCGAAGAAAACGUUCGAAAAAACUUUCAUUUAAAUUUUUCAAUCGUCGGAGCUACACUAGUUUUAGUUAAGCCAUGGAAGUUCAUCGCCAAAAAUUUGAACAAUUUGCCCAGCGUUACACAGGCACUGGUAAAAGACCAACGAGUGGCACAAUAACAAGAGAGUUCGGGAAGAAAAUUUCCCAGAACUUAAAAAGCAAUGGGUCAGACAGUAAAAAGGUUACAGAAGCACGUCGCUUCAGAUUAUUGACUCAGAAGUUUAAGCUGAUGAACUGCGAAGAGCUGGGAAUGGUGGAUAUUUUGAUUGUGCCUUCACAAGAAGCUAAAAACCAUACAAGUAAUCAAUCGAUACCUAAAGGUUACUUAAGAGUGGCAUACGUAGAUGAAUUCUUUGACAUCAUACGCUUAAUUCACUGUAAUGAAUUAAAACACGCUGGUGUGAAAAAGACAUUCAAAAAGAUGCCAUCAACACACAACAACACAGCGCUACAGGAUUUACUCCGUACGAGCUGGUAUUUGGACAGCCACCAUCAACCACAAUCAUACCGACUGUUUCAAAACAGUUGAAGGUUAUCACUGAUUCGAACUUUGAUAACG